GUUAUGUUCGAAUUCGUCUGUUUGCGUUUCCUAUCAAGAAACCUAAUAGUAAAAGAUCCAGCCAAGCUAUCAUCACGGGUUGAAGCUGUGGAUACCAGGAUCGGAUAUGAUGCUAGCUGUACAUAUUCUAGCCUUGUUCUGUUACUACGGUUUCCUCGAUGGCCUGUCUGGUAACUCUGAUUGGCGGUAUAUGCGUGCUUGCCGCCUACAUAUUCUAUCGUCUCGCUAUUUCGCUGUCUCUCGAUCAUCUGCGUUCACUUCCUGGCCCUCCUGUAAAGGGUUUCUUUGAAAAUCAUCUCAAUCUAGUAUUAAACGCUGAGAUAUCUCCCAGAGCCUAUGAACUACUCACUCGUAAAUAUGGCCGAACGAUGAGGAUAAGGGGUUUUGGUCCGUGGGAUGAACGCCUUCUGACUCUGGAUCCUGUCGCCGUCGCACAUAUUCUGAAAAAUACCUCGGUGUAUGAGAAGCCGCUGUUAUCAAGAAGGAUUAUAAACAAUCUUAUCGGAUGUGGGAUGUUGUCGGCUGAGGGGCAGUUAUACAAGCGCCUCAGACGCGUCGCGACACCCGCCUUUUCCGCUUAUAAUAUGCGCGCACUAGUGCCUCAUGUUUUCAAGAAGGCGCAACAGCUCACGAACCGUUGGUUGUCUAUAAUGAAGGAACAUGAGGACGAGGGGGAGUAUCUAGUCAUCGACGUUUGCCAUUGGCUCAACCGUGCCACAUUUGAUGUGAUUGGCCUUGCAGGGCUUGACUAUAACUUCGAUGCCAUACAAGAUGAAACUAAUCCGUUAUUCAUCGCUUAUAGGGAUAUGUUUGAGAAAGGCCUAUCCCAGACGGGUUCAUUACGAACUCUAAUUGUGGGUUAUCUCCCUUUCUUGAACGUGAUAUUUCGAAAUAAGACCGUGCGGCGGUGUCAAACGGUCAUACGGGAGAUAACUGGUCAGCUCAUUCGAGAUAGAAAACGACAACUUGAGGAAGCCGCAACUCUGGAAAUUCCAUAUUCCGGAAGGGAUCUACUCAGUUUACUCAUCAGAGCAAACACGAUGCGAGAUGUCCCUCCUGAGAGCCGCGUAUCUGACGGUGAACUUUUAGAUAGUAUCAACACGUUUAUCUUCGCUGGGUCUGAUACGUCUUCACUUGCUAUGACUUGGACUUUGCUUCUACUCGCCAGACACCCUGCAAUGCAGACUCGUUUGCGUGUCGAAUUGCUCUCCCUGGGUCUCUCUCGCCAUGUUGAUGAAAUGACGGAGGAAGAGAUGCAGAGGGUUUUCGCCUCAAUAGCCGAACUCCCUUUCUUCCACAACAUCGUACGGGAGUCGUUGAGGCUGAUUCCGCCCAUCCAUUCAUCAAUGAGAGUGGCCACACGGAUAGAUAGCAUCCCCCUCAAAUACGCUAUCAGGAGCAAAGAUGGCGAGGCUACAAGCAUAGAAGUACCGAAAGGCACAUUCGUUCACAUUCCCGUUGAAGGAUUUAAUUUGGACAAAAACGUUUGGGGAGAUGACUCUUGGGACUUCAAUCCGGAUCGGUGGGAUAAUCUACCUCAGCGGGCGAAGGAACUGCCUGGCUUAUUUUCGAAUAUUCUAACUUUCUCUGCGGGACCUCGUUCCUGUAUAGGCUUUCGCUUUGCCUUGAUUGGCGUAAAAACGAUGCUCUACUUUUUGAUUGUUAAUUUCGUUUUCGAGGAGGCGGAAUCUAAGGUGGUGAAGCACAACACGGUGUUGAUGCGACCUUAUAUCUCUGGGCGUUUUCAUGAUGGAAGUCAAUGUCCGCUGAGGGUGUCUGUGUACCGUUCUCCGUAAAAAUUUCUUGACGCCACAUAAGCCUAUAAAUAGUAAUGCACUAGCGUGACUUGCUCGCGAAGCACCUCCGCUCCUUCUUGGUUCAAUCUUCCAUUUCGGUCCUCUGAACGGUCCUCUGGCUACCCUCAUUUCUCGCGGCUACGUUUUUCUCUCCUUUUU